GUUCACCACCAUUCACUCAUCUCUCAUCACUCUCCGCUCUCUUGCGUCUAUCCAUCGACUCUCGUUUCACUUUGCAUAGCCCGCCCGCAUCAGAAACGACCGGCCAUGUCCCUCCCAAUGCACCUCCGUGCAUACACGGAGAAGACUAAGGACGAGGCCGCGCGCGACUUCUUCAGCGUUCCGACCCCGGAGCAGCUGCCCGCCCCCUCAGCCCCGCCUGUUGUGGUCAAGCCCGCACGCGGAAAGGCCGGGGCAGGGAGCGCGAGCGGGCUGCAGGGCAUGGAUAUCAACGCCGUCCUGAGCGUCGAGGGGAAGGAGGAUGUGUAUGCCGGCAAGUUGUCCCUUCUCCCGCCAUUCCUCUGCUUCGUCAGCAACGAUAGACGCUCCUGCCGCGCCUCCCUUCCUCUCUACACCAUCCGCCGCGUUGAGCGACUAAACUCGCGCGCGGGUGUGUUUGCGCUCUCGCUCGCGACGUGGCAUGGCAUGCGGAUUAUCCUCCAGCUCACGUCACUUUUGCCCACAGCGGAGCACUUCGCAAUCCUCCUCCGUGAUGCGCUCAAGUCGCAGCUCGCCGAGAUGAAGGCCCUCAAGGUAUUCCUUCCUUCUCUCUACUCCGAGUAUCUCCUCCACACUGGUCCAUCAGGAGAAGAUGGAGCGCUCAUCGAGACAACUGCCGAGGAGGGUGACCUCCGCGGUCCUGGCGGCGAGGGGCGAGGGACGUACGAGCGCGGCCUCGGCGAGACGUUCGGCUUCCCUGGUGAUGCCCGCAAGAUGCGCGAGCGCAGCAAGAUGAAGCUCUGGAAGGAGUACUUCGUGGUGCAUGGGCGAAACAUGACCCUUCUUCGCUAUCCCCCGUUCCAGCGUCUGCUCCAGGUUGGUUUGCCCUCACGUUUGCGUGGCGAGCUGUGGGAGGUGAUGAGCGGAUCCAUCUACCUCCGCUUCGCCAACCCUCAGACGUACCAGCUGCUUCUUGAGGAAAACAAGGGCAAGAGCUCGCAAAGCACGGACGAGAUCGAGAAGGAUCUCAAUCGGUCUUUGCCAGAAUACAAGGCAUAUCAGACUGAUGAAGGUCUCGCCAAGCUCCGCAGAGUACUUGUCGCGUACUCCUUCCGCAACCCGGAACUUGGGUACUGCCAGGCGCUGAACAUCGUUGUCGCCGGUCUCCUCAUCUACAUGUCUGAGGAACAGGCGUUCUGGCUUCUUGAAGUUCUCUGCGACCGGAUACUGCCUGGGUACUACUCGCCGUCAAUGGAAGGCACGUUGCUCGAUCAGCGCGUUUUCGAGUCGCUUGUCAAGCGCUGCCUGCCACUCAUUCAUGACCACUUCCGCGAGGUGGACGUGCAGAUCUCGGUUGCGUCGCUUCCGUGGUUCCUCUCGCUUUACAUCAAUUCCCUCCCACUCAUCUUUGCCUUCCGUGUUGUCGACUGCGUGCUCGCCAUGGGCGUAAAGGUGCUGUUCCAGAUCGGCCUGGCGAUUCUCAAGAUCAAUGGCGAGGCGUUGCUCGAGGUCACCGAUGACGGCAUGUUCAUCAACCUAAUGCGCAACUACUUUUCAACGAUUGGCGAGUCCGCGCACCCUACUCACCCAGAUCCACGGGUGCGCAACAUUACCAAUUUCCAGGAACUCCUCGUCGUUGCAUUCCGGGAAUUCAAUGUGAUUACAGACGACACCAUCACAACCGAGCGACGCCGCUUGCGCGCUAUCAUUGCCGAUGAAAUCGAGAAGUUCUCAAAGCGGGCGGCUGUUCGCAACCUUCGCAACGUCGGCCGCUUCAACAAAGAGCAGGUCGGGAUCAUCUACGACCACUUCUUCUCGGCCGUGUGCUCGCCGGAAGGUGGUGGGGCCGGUGGAUUUGCCGAACCUCAGCCUGGAGAGCUCGAGCAGCCGCGCAUCACCGUCGACGCACAGGGCCGCGUGGAGACCCGGAUCGACCUUAGAACCUUCAAGGUCCUGCUGUCAGGGAUUGCUACUUGGGCCCGCGAGGAAACAGUGACAACCAACGCGUUCAUGCAGCGUACGGAGCGCCGCGUUGCCGACCACGAGCUCGUCGAUAGACUCUUCUACUCGUGGGAUACACAGAAGGUCGGUACACUCUCGCUGCAGGACGUGGUCGAGGGCCUCGACGAGGUUAUGUCUGGCGGGCUCAUGGAGUCGAUCGAAUGGUUUUUCAAGCUUCACGACAAGGACGGCGACGGCUAUCUGACCAAGGACGAAGUAAUCCGGUUGUCUGAGUCGCUGUUGUUCAUUUUCCGUAACGAACCUGGAGACAUAUACUUGGCCGCCGUCUCCCGCUUCAUCUUGAACGCAUACGAAUUCGGCGACGCUACAGCCCCUGAGUCAAGUCUGCCGCCGCUGCAGGACGAGGUCAACGGCGAGGCCCAGACGGCCACCCAGUCGCGCGAGCGGUCGGACUCAGCUGCUGGCCCCCACAACCUGCCGUACCUCAGCCUCCCAACCUUCCGCAUGGUUGUGCUUGCCGACGAGCUCCUCGAGCAAUUCUUCGAGCACUCUCUUACUGAGUCGUUCCAGCUCGAGGACACCGAGGAGGAGGACUACCACAAGACUCACGCCAAGCCAGACGGCUUGCUUGGUGGCCUGGUCAACCUUGUGUACACUGAUGAGAACAAGUCGCGCUUCAACCGCCUUGCCGACGGUAUCGGCUCGGCGCUAGGCAAGCACGCCGAGUGGCGGAAGCCGUCGCUGUCGAAGGCGGACCCAAUGGCCCCGGCGCCUGUCGAGACGCGUGCGCGCGAGUCGCUUCUGACUCCAUCACAGCGGGCACGCGCUCGCAGUGCUUCGCAGGCGUCGCAGGCCAGCAUCAAGACAACGGCCAGUGCAUCAACGACUAACACGAUGGACAAGCCGUCGUCGCUGGCCGAUGUGGAGAUGCGGUACCGCGAGGAGAGUGAAAUGGUACGGGCGGCGCAGGAGGCGGUGAUGCACCGGCCGAAUUUCGCUAUCGACGCGAUCGGCGACAGCGAUGGCGAGGAGGAGGAGGAUGGGGCCGACGAUGGCGUCAUGGACGAGGUUGAGGCGUUCCUCAAGGCUCACGGUGGCGACGACGACACGGCGGUCAAGGGUGCCGCCAAGAAGGAGGCUGAGGACCUGCUCAAGGCAGAGCCGAUGCGGCCUGGUCAAAAGCCACGACAGACAAGCGGCGAUCUUGUGCAGCUCUGAGGACGGUGUAAGCAUGUGUAGAUGUUUGUUAGAUAUCUUUUAUUUUGCAUGUUAGCACCAAACAUGUUGAACGGUGCCGUGGAGGGAUGCAGGGCGUGGGGGAG